CAUCCAUUUUCUUUGUUGAUAUUUUCCUUGCACCACUCCGCGAAAGUUGAAAAAUUUAAUACGUGCGAGGAAUAAUCCAAUUUUUUGUAAGAAUUUGGCUGCCUGAUAAUCACAAUGAGUGGCCAGCCGACAAUAUACGGCAUCCAGAGCACGGCUGGGGCUAUCCCAGUCCGUAACCCGAAAGGUGAACUCUCCAUGCAAAAGGUGAAGGUUCAUCGAUAUGUGUCGGGAAAACGUCCGGAAUACGCCCAGCAUUCCAGCAGUGAGGAGGAAUCCGAUGAGGAGGAUUUCAUCGACAACAGAAGAACGGCGGAGGAAUCCUAUCGGGAGUCACGUCGUCGUCGCGAAGAAACGGAUGAAGAGGAGGACGAUCUUCCGGGAGAUGUGGACGAUCCCCGGAUUCGACGCCUGCAAGCAAUUCGUGCUGCCGAGGCGGAAGAAAUUGAGCGGGAGCGUCGGGAACGGCACCGGGUCAUUCACGAACCGGAACUGGUCCAGUCGGAAGAGGAGGAGGAGGAUGAAGCUGAAGCAACUAUGGAAGAGGAAGAACCCGGACAGCAUUUACGCCAUCGACGCCGGCCGCAGGAAUCGGACGAUGAGGAAGACGAGGACAACUCCCAGCAAGGGGAGGAAGGUCCCACAAGGACACGGCGCAUUUCCAUCGGAUCGGAAUCGGAGUCCGAUACGGAGCUGAGCGAUUCCGAGAUCGAACGGAGAAGAAAUAUGCUGCGGCAGAAAAUGAUGCAGCAGAAGAAGGAAGAGGAAGUGCUGCAGAAGGAGGAUGAAGGCCAAUCGGACACGUCUGAGUCGGAGAGUUCGGAGUACGAGGAAACGGAGAGUGAGGAAGAGAAUGAACCACGACUGAAACCAUUAUUCGUUCGUAAGAAAGAUCGGACUACGGUCAUUGAAAAGGAGCGAGAGGCCAACAAGCAGAAGCAGCUUGAAUAUGAAUCCAAAAAAGCCGCCAAGGAACGUCGUCGGCAAACGUUGAAGCUUGUUGAGGACAGUAUCAAAAAGGACAUGGAGAAGGCCAAGGUCGACAACGAGCCCAAUUUGAACGAUGUCAAUACGGAUGACGAGAACGAUGAGGUUGAAUAUGAAGCGUGGAAACUCCGUGAAUUGAAGCGUAUCAAGCGAGAUCGCGAAGAAAAGGAGGCUCUUGAGAAGGAGAAACUGGAAAUCGAGCGAAUUAGAAACAUGACGGAAGAUGAACGCCGUCAGGAUCAACGUCUCAACCCGAAACAGGUCACAAACAAAACGGUCAAGGGCAAGUACAAGUUCCUGCAGAAGUACUACCAUCGGGGUGCCUUCUAUCUGGACCAGGAGGAUCAAGUUUACAAGCAGGACUUUUCCGCCCCAACGCUGGAAGAUCACUUCGACAAGACGAUCCUACCGAAGGUUAUGCAAGUCAAGAACUUUGGACGGUGCGGUCGUACAAAGUACACCCACCUGGUGGAUCAGGACACUACGAAAGCCGAAUCGCCUUGGUUUGCUGAUUCGGCGAAUAACACCAAGUUCUACAACGAGAGGGCCGGAGGGAUGCGGCAGGUGUUUGAGAAGCCGUCGUCGUACAAGAACAAACGCGACAUUUAGGGUGGUAGGAAGGAUUUGUGCUAGGUUUUAAGAUUUUAGUUCUAUUGUGAUUAUAAUUGAAAUAAACUAUGAAUAAAUAAUAAUAUUAUUUAGGUGAA